AUGGCACCCGCUCAUCGCCCGCCAGGACCGACGCAGCUGCAGACAUCGACACAGGUCCUCACCGCGCACACCCUUGACGACCCGCACGGCAUCGACAAGCGCAGGCGCCCGUCGCCGUCUGCUGGAAGUCCGGCAGCGGCACUCUCGAGCGCUCUCCGGCCACCUGCAGACUCGCUCCUGGCGCGAGGAGGCUCGCCGCAUAACCUACAGGCCUUUACAAGCCAGGCGCCGUCCUCCCUCGGAUUGACGAACCUCGUCGCCCUCGACCUCGACGUCCCAACACCCGGAAUCGAAGUCGCCGACCUGUCCACACCCUCGAGCAACGGCACUCGCGGGUCGUCCGACGGUCUUGGGAGUCCGAGCAGCAGGAGCAGCGCGUCGGGCGCGAGCGGGAACAGGGCGAGGAGGCAGAGGCACGAGGUUGACAAGGGUUACUCGGGCGAUACGAUCCAGGACAAGGUCAGGGCCGACUUGCACCUCGGCGUGCCAGGAAAGAAGCAACUGGGACCGAGGGACUACCUCUCAGGUCCGGUCGACGAGCUGGUCAUUCCGCUCCCUCGGCCUUCGCCGCUUUCGCGCCCCAACUCUCCUCUUCCCUCACCGGCCGUCUCCAUUGCCUCGGCCUCGACCCCCGGCGUGACGCUCCCGAACGGCUGCGCCGACGAAGAGCAGAACUUCCUCCUCCCGCACAUCGCCUCUCCUUCCGGCGAGUAUCCUGACGGCGACGAACGAUGCGACGAUAACGGCCUGCCGAUCAUCACCGACUCGACUCCCUCUCGCCCCCGUCCUCGCGCCUUCACACUCUCCCACUCCGCCUUCGGCUCAUUCGGCACCUUCCCCUCUACCGCACGCGCAGGCCCUCUCGCUCCCCCGACUCUCAAAAGCCGCGUCAAGCUCUUCUUCCUCCAGCUCCUCUCCAACACCGCAUCGACCGCCUUCCUCGUCUUCAUCAUUAUCUGGGCCCUCGCGAGUCGUUUCCUCGCUGCGAUCGUCCGCACGCUCAAGGGCCAACACGCGGAUCGGACGCGGCGCGAGUGGGACACGGACGAGGCGCAGGCCGAGAGGAAGCAGGAGAAGGUCACGAAGGAUAUCCGGUAUUAUGCCCUGAGGUGCGGGUUCGAUGUGGUUGAGCAGACGGUCGAGACGAAGGAUGGGUAUCUGCUCAAGAUGUUCAAGGUCGUGUGUCUGAAGAAGAAGGAGAAGGUCCACUCGGAUGGCAGGAAGGGGUUCCCUGUGUUGAUCCAGCACGGGUUGUUCCAGUCGUGCGGCAGCUUCAUCACCUCGGAAGAACGCUCCCUCGCUUUCUGGCUCGCCGAACAUGGCGACUACCAAGUCUACCUUGGCAACGCGCGCGGAGUAUUCGAGAUGGGCCACUCGUGGUUGAAGCGCCGCGAUCCGCGCUUCUGGGACUACAAUAUCAAGGAGCUCGCGCUGUACGACUUGCCGGCUAUGGUCGACCACGUUAGACGGGACACGGGAUACGACAAGAUUGCCUUCAUCGGCCACUCGCAAGGCAACGCGACCAUGUUCUGCGCACUCGCGCAAGGCAUGGUCCCCGAACUCGGCGAGAAACUCUCGCUCUUCAUCGCACUCGCGCCUGCCGUCUACGCUGGGCCGCUCACAACCGGCUUCCCGUUCUCGGCUAUUAAGAGCAUGAAGUGGAAGACUUGGAGGAGGUGGUUUGGCGUCCUCGACUUCAUCCCGCUCAUGCGCAUCUCGUACAACUGGGUCCCGUCGCGCAUCUUCGGCCUGCUCGGAUACCAGAUGUUCGCCUUCCUCUUCAACUGGACCGACGCCAAUUGGCUCCUCGACCGCAAAGCCAAAAAGUUCUGCUUCAUGCCGUCGCCUGUCUCGUCCGCUUCCGUCUUCUGGUGGACUGGCUACAAUGGUUUCUCGACUCGCGGUUGCAUCCUCGACACGAACGCCGACAAGUGGUUCGACAAGCGCUUCCCGCCUCUCGCGAUCCACCACGGCGGAAAGGACUAUCUCGUGCUCACCGAGCCGCUGCUCGAACGCCUCGAGAAGCAGGAGACGGACGUGCAGGUCAUCCGGGUGCAAAAGAUGGACGACGGCGAGCACUGCGACUUCUUCUGGCACAUUGACGCCGUCGAGCUGUGCUUCCACUCCUUCCUCGAAGACAUCGAGCGCACUCGUCCGCGCUACCCCGAAGAACGCCGCCGUUCGCACUCGCCCCAGCCGCCCGCGCACUCGCCUCGCCCGUCAAGGAACGGAACCGCCGCGGACGUCAAGGAGUUGAAGGAGAACGCGCCGCUAGAGGAUGGGGAGGUCGGCAGGCAGACGGAGAUGGCGAGCGAGGGAGAGAGGAGGGACGUCAAGGUCAAGAGGACUGCCGAGGGAUACUGA